AUGGCUGCAGACGAAAAGUGGCCCGAGUUUGACGAUAUGUCACAGAAAAAUAAACGUAAACAUGCUGCUAUGACAGCAGAAGUUGUUCCAAUACCAUCAACAGCAUUGGUUGGUUUUAAAUCGAGUUCCUCAGAAGAGGAUAGCAGUGAGAAGGGAGAGAAUGAUGAGAAGAAAAUCAAAUUAGCAGAAAAAGAACAUAUGCCAAGGGAAAGUAAGACUCCAGAAGAAAUUAAUAAGUUUAUGGAAGAGACAUUUGAUGUUCGUAGAUCUUUUAUUGAUGUGGAAAUGCCAGGUAUCCCCUCAGUUAUAGAAACUUAUCCAUAUUUAUUUACCAGCAAACAGAUGUUGUCUGAAUUUCAGCGAAUUACCAAAGUUGAUUUGGAUCACACUAUACAAGAAUAUUGUGUCAAAUAUGCCCUUGGUAUCAUCGAGUCUGCCAAAUCUUUACCUAAAGCAACCCCAAUAUUUAAACAGGCAGAUGCUGCCAAGCAGGACAAUAUCGCUUUACGUCAAUAUUGGGAAAUGGUCACAGCUCUCUGUUUAUUGCCAUUAGUUUUCAAUGAGGAUGUAACGGAAAUGAUUAGAGAAAUAAAGGAGGAUGAAGAAGUUGAUACACAAGGUCAAGUUGUUCCCAUUCUUAUUUCAAAAGGAAGUAUUUUUAAAAGUGAUGAGUUCUUUUUAGUUGCCGAGGAGACAAUAUUACAAGAAUUUGAGGAGUUCACGAUGGCAUUUGCGACCUUGUUUGCUUCGUACUGGGUGUUUAACAUGCAGUUUCCACACAAUUUAUAUAACACAUACAAUUUUGUCCAGAAAGCCAUUCUCCAUGUGCGUGAUGGUACACCUAUUCCCCCUCAAUGUAAACAACUACAACAAAAAUUACAGACAUGGGCCAGAAGACAUGGCGACACACCAACCAGAGGAAGACAGGUCUGA